AUAUCCAUUCUGUCCAAGAUUUCACUGAGAAAUCGAUUAAAAAAAUCGAAUCGGAAAGUCGAAAUUGUCGAUUUUUAAGAAUCGAAAUCGAAAAUCCCUAGAGAAGAAGGCUAGGUUAAAACGUAAUCAAAACAAUAAUUAUAAUAUUAAAAAGAAACAAAAUUAUAUUAAGAAGCUUGUUAUCUACAAUUAUUGCUGGAGUUUCUUGUUAAAUCAGUUUGAAUAAUACUACAUGUUGAUAGAUAUUGGCAUAUCUAUAGUAAACAUGGGAGGAAUGACAGUUUAUCAAUUUCUGUAGAAAUAUAAAUGUAUAAAUAAACUUUAACAAUAUUUACAAUGGCUGUGUGUAUUGCUGUUAUCGGUAAAGAUAACUCUCCAAAAUAUAUAAGAUGUGUGAACGACGCAGAUGAGUUAAAAUUUCAUUACAAAGUUCACACAGCAAUUGAUAUUAUAGAAGAAAAAUUAAAUCUUGGAAACAAAAUCGCAAAUGACGUUCGAGAAUUAUUUCUUGGAAUGCUUUAUUCUACAGAAGAUUAUAAAAUAUACGGGUAUGCAGCUAAUACUAAAAUAAAAUUUGUGAUAAUUUUGAAAUCAUCAAAUGCAACGUUGAGAGACAAUGAAGUCCGAAUGAUUUUUCGAAAACUACAUGCUGCUUAUUCAAAUGCUGUAUGUAAUCCGUUCUACACACCAGGAGAUCAAAUUCGCUCAAAUUCCUUCGACUCGUCAGUGAUGUCAAUGAUGGGAAUUAUAUAAAAUACUGUACAAUUUUUACAAAAUUCAUUUUAUUAAUUUUUCUAAAAUUUCAUAAUAUUCUUCUCAAAAUUGAUGUAUCAAAUUUUCAGAAAAUUGUUAAUAUUUUUCUAGAAAUUAUUUGAAAUGUCAUAAUAAAUAUAAUAAUCGUCGUAUUCAUUCUGUUCAUUCUGUCUUUAUCAGGAGGACUUUCUGGUUAAGGAUUUCACAAAAAAAAAUUUUUUUCCUAUUUGCACGGAAAGUAUGUCAUUUUGGGCACUUAGAGCGGGCGCAAAGUAACACAUUCCCGCCUAUAGGGGUAGGGUAAGCGGGCGGAAUAGUAUUUGAGUUAACUCUUUCUGUACAUUUUUAAGAGGAUUUUCUACUGUUUCUCAAUAACAAUUCUGUUCACAAAAUAAUAAAUUUCUUUUUAAAAAGGAA